AUGACGGACACACCUUCCGCCGAGCCAUCUGCGGCGUCCGGCAGCGCUGAAUCCAACGCUCCAAGCUUGCCGGCGCCGGCACCCAAGACGAAAGACAAUGUCGAACAGCAUGACUUCGCCAAUCCCACGAUUAACAUAAUAAACAGCUUGUCCAGAAAGACCUCGACGUCAGGUUUAUCGCUCGCAUCUGGCGUAUCAAGAGAAGGAACGCCCCCGCCGCUGCCUCCCCGCCCAAACCUGAAUCUGCUCGAUUCUGCUUCGCGCCCUUCCACUUCACAUUCUGUGACGCCGACCAGACCGCGCCUUGUAUCCAAAGCAACAACACAACUCUCUUUUGCAGACUCAGCGAACCACAAGAACGAGUCCCGCGAACCCAGCUCGUUGCAGGCAUCGAAACGCCGGUCGUAUUUUGGCCUGAACCUGGGCUCAUCACGGAACACUAGCGAUGGAGAAGACAGCGCAAGCAUAGCGAGCUUCGUGCCCGCUGUGGAUGCUGGACUAGACACGGAAAGCAUGCUGGGCGAAGGUAUGGGCGACCACGAAAAGACGCUUCUCGCUUCUCUGGGGCAUGACGCUCGGGACGCGGAGAGCAUGUUCGCGCCGGAUCCCGCCUUUGAACAAGCGUUCACGAAAGAAUUCGAUGAGAUCGAGGAAAUGACACAGGAUGGGUCAAACGAAGGUCAGCCGCACAUAGCUAUGUCCAAGUAUGCGGCGUUUGUGAGUAGGGCUCGUGCUGAUAGUUACAUAGAAUCAAUUAUAAAAGCCUGGCGCGCGAAGAUGAAACAUUUUCUCAUUCUAUCGUCUGCGGGGAAACCCAUAUACAGUCGACAUGGCGAUGAUCAGCUCAUCACGAACUACAUCGGCGUCGUGCAAACUAUUAUCUCCUUCUACCAAUCCACCGACGAUACUCUGCGAGGCUUUACGGCUGGCGAUGUGCGCUUCGUAGUCAUGUCGAAAGGACCACUCAACCUGGUCGCCAUAACGCGCCUUCCAGAAAGCGAUACUCAGCUGCGGGCACAGCUCGAUGCGCUGUACAUGCAAAUACUCUCGACCCUCACACUGCCAUCCAUGCAGCGCAUGUUCGCUGUGCGCGCAAACUACGACCUACGGCGGCCUCUCCAAGGUACCGAAUCAUUACUCUCCGCUCUUGCAGAUGGCUUCACUCGCGGUUCACCGUCAACGCUUCUUGGAGCCCUCGAAUGCCUCAAGCUACGAAAAUCCCAUCGACAGACCAUCAACAGUACCCUUCUCAAAACACGCUCACCCAAUCUCCUCUAUGGCCUGAUCGUCGCAUCAGGGAAACUCGUCUCCGUCGUACGGCCAAAGAAACACUCCCUUCAUCCGGGCGAUCUACAUCUUAUCUUCAACAUGCUGUUUGAAGCAGGCAGCGUGAAAGCUGGCGGUGGAGAAAAUUGGAUACCUUUAUGUUUACCCGGCUUCAAUAACACAGGUUACUUGUACAUGUACGUCAGCUUUUUGAAUCUGGAGCAUCCGAGUGAGCAGAUACAUGAACGGCCGAAGAGCAGCGAGGGCGAUCCGGAUGAAGUGGCGGUGCUGCUUAUUAGCGCGGAGAAGGAGGGAUUCUUUGAGAUGAGGGGGAUGAGGGAUGAUUUGGUUGAGCAAUUACAACGAAACCACUCCAUAGACAACAUCCGCACCGCUGUCCGCCUCGGCCGCCCUCUAGCCACCGACAUUGUCCCCGGCACCGUCCUCCGCCACUUCCUCUUCAAAUCGCGCGGCAAUGUGCAGUUCUUCUCUCCCUCCCUCUCUCCACACUUCAGCACACCUGUCGACCGCCGGCGCCUGCUCAACCUGUACUCCUCACUACAUAGUCAUCUACACGCCAAGCCGACGAGUCUAAAGAUCCAUUAUGAGAUGAGUGUGAAUGUGAUUAGUUUGGCGUGGAGUACGCCGCUGUUUGAGCUGUAUUGUGUGGCGGAUGGAAGGACGAGCAGGCAGGCGUUGGCGGCGGCGGCGAUGAAGGUUGUGGAAUGGGUGAGGAGGGAAGAGGAGAGGAUAUUUAUUAUUGGGGGUGCGGUGUUUUAG